UGACUUCAUCCUUCCGCCCGGGUUUCCUUUAUGAUGUAGGGCUCUCCCGAGCGCGCUGCUCAGACGCCGCUGGGUUGAGGCUGCUGUCGGACGCUGCUGCGCCUUCGCUCUCUUCCUCCUCCUCCUCCUCCUCCUCCUCUCCGGAUCUGCCUCUCUCUCUGUCUCUUCCUCCUGCUGCUCUUCCUGAGGCCGGGCCCCGCUCUCCUGCUGCCGCCUUCGCCGCCCCCCUCGCCCCUUUCUCUCCCUCCGAGGAGGAGGAGGCUCACCCCGCCGUCGUCUCCCCCCCCGGCACCAUGUCCGAGAUCAUGCCCUACAACGACGACAAAGUGGCCCACUACGGCCCCGACGCCGAGGUGGGGGACCUCUCCUUCAGCUGCCGCCUCCAGGACACCAACUCCUGGGGGAACCAGUCCAAGCGGCCCCCCAAACUGGGGCAGAUCGGGAGGGCCAAGCGAGUGGUGAUCGAAGACGAUAGAAUAGACGAGGUCUUGAAGGGAAUGACGGACAAGUCGCCCUCCGGGGUAUAAAUCCGGGGAAGAGCCGAAGGCGCCCGCAGAGCCAGACCUGCAGGCGGAAAAAAAUCCCUGAAAUUUUUAGCACUUUUGGCUGCGCAUGUUUGUUGGGACUGUGGACCACAAGGAAAGCCAACGGAAGCAGAGAAAGAGAAAGAGAGAAAGAGAAAGGAAGAGAGAGAGAGAGAGAUGAGGCUGCUGGCAACACCCUCCACCCCCAACGCCGCUGACCCCCAAACCCGGCCAGGGAUCACUUGACAAAUGGGGGGACAACGCACCAUCUCCACCUCCGAAAGGACGGCCAGCCGCCCAGGGACGCCCAGAGACUUUGACACCCAACUCGGCCCUGCAUUUUGACGAGGCCCGUCCCCUGUUCCAUGACCCACCCCGGGAUCAUAUGGCGGGUGCUCUCCCGCCUUGGGGGCUCUCCAUUUCGCACUGUCCCUUUAAGUGCGUCCCGCUGCGGGGCCAUCCCCAAGCAGGCCCCUUCCUUCCUUCCCCCUCCCCCCCCCCCUUGAGCUGAUAACGCUGCUUGUUUCCAUCCCGUAAACUGCAAGUCCUUUUCUCGGCCUGUCGUAGCAACACCACCACCGCAGACCCCUUCUUUUCCUCGGGCGACCCCCAUCAUGCCACGAUGACAAAGGUGCUGAACCCCUUUUCAGAGCUCUCCCGAUGCUCUCUGCUUAGAAGGGGGAGGGGGUCUCCUGUAGCGAUGCACUUUACACCUUUUCCCCCCUAUGACACUUGCAUAGGUAGGCGCAUCCCCUUAUAUACAGACACCCCCAGACCCGCCACUUAUACGCUUCUCUGAGUAUAGCGCUCUCAUUGUGUUUGCAGUCAUCACUUAUGUCUUUCCAGCAGCCCAAGACACACGGCUCCCAUCCUGUCCCGUCCUGUCCCUCGGCCCACCCGAAAACCCAAUCCGUUUGCAAAAUACCAGCAGUUUUGGAAGCAAACCCAACGCCAGCAGUGCUGAGUGGAAGACGGAGAGGUCCUGACCGCGGAUGGACUAUAUAACAUUCAGAGACAGUGAUUGGUUUUUUGCUGUCAAGAGACAUUUUUGCUCCAUCUUUUUUGCAUGAGCUUCCUGGUCUUGGUGCCACGUCUUGGUGCCACUAGUCAUCCCACUAUGGCACGCUUCUUUUUAAACAGAAACUCCUCAUAUUUGUAUUUUUAUAUCUGAAUCUUUGUUAAGCAACAAUCUGCUAAUGUCUACUGUCAAAACGUUGCAUCAAAAGAUUGUUUGUGUUCUCUCUUUUUAUUUUUUUCCUCCCCCCGCCCCAUAAAGGAGAAAGGCAGAGAACGGUUAUUUUUUCACCAGAUGGAUUUCCCAAAGGAAGGCAGAUCACGUUGACAUAGUGGGCUCUUUUAAUUCUAUAUCAGUAUUGGACAGGACUUCUUGAAUGUGUUUCAGGUUUUGCACACAUCAUUGUUAACAAGACAUGUAUUUUAACAAAAAAAAAAGUCUUAUACUGUGAUCAAUGGCUUUGUCGAUGGACUUUGUCGGAACAUGAUGAAUUUAGAAACAAACAAAAAAAAUACCUAUUGCACUGUUUAUGAAUGUGUUCAGAUAACUCGCUGGUUAUUUGAUGCCUCCGGAUUACGGAGGCGAUGUUCAGAGUUGUUUUUAAUUUUGUACUUAUUAUUUAAUUUAUUUUUAUUUUUUAAAAAAGAGGCUUAUUCUUGUCUGUUGUGCAUGAGAUAAACCAUUAUCUUUUCAAUAAUAAUAGUAAUAUACAAUGAAAUUUUAUGAAGACAAGCAAAAAAAAUAAUAAUAAUAAUACAAAACAUAAGGAGAAAAAAAAAGGAAAUUAUUGUCAUGACAUUCUAAGAAUGAACCCAUUGUAAAUUUUAAUGCCAUUUUUCACUGUAUUGGUGAACAAAACUCAAUGAAUAAAUACAUACAUAUAUUGAAAUGGAA